GCCAUACUGACGCCGGGCUUGUUGGUUGGCGUCAUGAAGAUGGUGGACGUUUGGUGGUGCGUCGUCAGGAUCCCGAUUAUUGUGAUUACCGAACGGAGUCUCAUCACCAAGGGUAGAACGACACGAGUCAGCUGGUGGCGAUGGUGACUUGGACAUUGGCGUGGGAGCUCCGGGGCUUGGACUGGCGAUGUGAAAUGGUAUUAAGUGGAUUUCAUGUGAAUUCACAAGACCUGAGGGAUCCAGCUUUUGUUUAACAAUGGUGGCAUUCUACUGGUGUUAGACAAUUGGACCUGAUGGCACACUAUUUUACCUGUUUAUCGCAAUGCGAUGCAUGGGGUCGUGAAGUGGUGGCUGGGCAUCAUUGGGCUACCCACUCUCGUUGUAUGGAAACAUCUUGUAGAAGGAGCAGACUAAAAGGAAGAAUCGAAGAAAAUGUGAGGGGGAGAUAAGAUCGCUCGUAAAACUGCUUCGAAGAAGUGGUGCCGGAAUGCAACUUCACCGGUUUUGAACUCCAUAUAAGGAAAGCGGAGGGAAAAGUCAGUUCGGCAGAACAGUCGGCAUAGAAAUUCUUCCAUUGCUGUUAAAUUUUGAGAUCUUCAUGCAGAAAUAAGGCUGGUGAUACCUUGGUUUCCGUUCCUGUGAGAGCCGCUGGAAGGACAAUCCUCCAUUGCAGAUUUGAUUCUGCCCGCCGGCAAUCGGAAAUCAGCCAAUCAUGAAUCGCAUUCUGGAGUCACGUACAUCGCAUAAAAAUGAGCAAAGGUCCGCUGGGAAUUUCGGCAACAUAAAAUGUGGUGCCUUCCAAUUUUUGAGAUUGACGUCAGCUUAUGGAUAUGAGCAGAAAUUUAUGAAAAUUAGUUGGGAAGUUCAGUAGCAGAUUAGUCAAUCCACGAAUACUGGUUUUAACGCUGUCAUGAAGGUCUAGUAAUAUUUUCCUUGAAAUUACCUGAUAAAAUUCCAUCAUUCCAGGACUGCAGACGCUUUUCAUGGCACAAUCGUGAUAACUACCCAGAGUAAACCAAGACAAAGGCAACGUACAAUGUGAAAUCAUUAUACCUGCUGUUGGAAACCUCAGGCACGGAAGCGCUAGAAGAUUCGACGAAAUCACGAACACGUGGCGAGACGUGAAGCGGGCUCUCAGCCUGCUGUGCGUGAAGACAUUCUCCGACGGCAACACCAUGCUGGAAGCACCGCCAGGCAGCCGGGAGGACCUUGUCGAGGCCGCGAGAACUCCCUGCUCACCCACAGAUCUGGACACAAUGCUGUACAGUUACACCAAUGGUAUAUAUGUGCUGGAUCAUACGCCUGAAUCCAUGCCGGACAUGGACAUGCUCCAGCUAUUCGCAUCACCAGCUGGCCGUGCACUGGUAACAGCCGACAACCACAGACGGCGUCGGGGUCCAACCUCGACGUCCUCAUUGACGAGGGAAUCCACAUCGCGAUCGAAAAAUUCCAGAAGAAAUACAACAACGAGUAGGUCCAUCGGUACACCAAGUCCACCACCCAGACAGAGAAAAUCCAGCACCGAGCUUUACAAGGAGGCUGUCGAGAUACUCGGUCUCACGUGUUCCCUCACCGACAGCUGCCGAUGCAUCGAGUGUCAAAGCAAUUACUUCGACUUCGACGACGACUACGGGGAGUCGAGAUCAGAGCUGGCGGCAGGUACACCGAUACUCCUGGAUCACGCUCUAUCUCAUCCACUGGCAUGCUCCAUACAGUAGUAGGAGGCUAGAGACACAUGGAGAGACAUUCGUAGCCCCUAGGAGUCUCGAUCGAUCUGUCAGCGGUCGCUCCGCGGGUGUGGACGUGCCACUUCUCUGCCUCGAGGACUCUAACCGGAGAAGGACUUCUUUUGGAAUCCCCCUCACGCCUCUCUCCUCCCGUUGCCGCUCUUCCUUAGCUCCUCUCGCCGCCUCUUUAUUUCACCACUCUGCCGUCUCGUAUCAAGGCGUCUCUCCUCUACUCCUCAAGUGGAACGUGCGUCUCGAGUGUUAGAGGGGGGGAGAAAAACAGGGGCGAAGUCACCCUGUCGAAACAGAACGAAAAAUAUAAAGAGAAAAAAAAAAGUGUCAGCGAUAGUAGAAAGGGGACGCGUCACGCCAGACGAGAGUGUCUCUAAAGCGGCAACCAGGUGCAUUCUCGCCUUUUUUUCAUCAAUUUGGGAAUGUAUCGACGUGUUCACUGUGUGUCAAUAAAUGUCAAAGGUGAAGGAACCGGGAGAAAUGUGGAAUGAAUUCUGUAGAAGAGAGGCAGAACAAAAGAUGAGUGAAAACUUUUAUUAAAAAAUGUUGGAAAUAUUGGGAGAAAUAUUAUACGGUUAUAGGGCAAGAAUGUCAGAUUCUUUUUUACUGGGGAAUUAUUGGAACUCGUAAUAUGGGAAGUAAAACGCGGAGUCGGUGUGGCCACACAACAUUUACUAUUUAAUUUGGGAAUUUUUACAACUAAUGAAACUACGACGUACUAGGGGAAACAAUACGACUGAGGUAAUUAAAAUGAACUGGAGUGUGGCAGAAAAGUUACUACUGAAUAUAAGGAAAAUUGAAGGUCGGUACACGGUUGGACCUCUGAAAUUCCAAUAAAAAAAUCUCGAGUUUUUAAUAACCACUUAUUCACGCGAAAUUUUUCUCCAUUUUGUUAUUAAGCAAUCAGGUGCACUAUCGAAUAUUCAAUGGUAUUAGCGUUCGAGGGGUUAAAUGUUUAUGAGAAUUGUAAAAUAAUUUAAACUUGGAAUUAAUUCACAUUGUGCUACCUCUCCUCUACAGAAAGUUCUGAGAAAAUAAUGAACUCGACAUAAACUCAUUGGCCUAUCCCGUCACUCAUUGAAUGCCGAGAAAUUCUAAUUAUCAACAAAACUCAUUACAUCACCUUUCAGAUCUGAGGGCUCAAUUAACCAAUUCUUUUCAAUCCCAAUUCCCUCCCCCUACCAUUUUUAUACGAUAUCACAUGAAGCCUCACUCCCGUCGAUUCUCUCUUAUUUUCUACUCCAUUAAAAUUCCCAGCAGCUGCAGUACGUGCCAAAAAUAUAUGAACAAAGGAGAAUUAAUAAACGCCAAAGCUGAGAUAAAUUGAAAGCGAGCUAAAUAAAAUCAAUAUGUCCAGAUGAUCGUCACGUCAGCAGGUCAAAGAAAAAGAUAUUAAGGAUUCUUGUCCUUUCUUUUACAAAAUUAUUCAAUUGAGUAUUUUUCAAAAUUAGUGUGCCAAAUGCCAAAUGAGAAUAAAAAAUUUGUGCCAAAUGAAAAAAAACAAUCUCCACUAAAUUCGCCAAAUGAACCAUUUAGCACAUCUGACCUGCACGAUCGGCUUGAACACACGUUAAUAAUACGUACAGGCAACGUGUGAAUAAUGCCGAGUCAUCGGAGCGUUCAUGCCCCUCCUCGCAACCCCAUUUAACCCACCUUCCAAACUCCAUUUGAACCAAUGCAAGCAUGAACGAACAUUGUACAGCCGUAAUUAACGGACACUUGACCGAUAAGCACUCACGCACAGCGUGAAUGUGAACUGCAUCAAAAUGUUAUUGCAGAAUUUUAACGAAAUAAACAAACACUAAUUAAUUUAUAGAAAAAAAAAUGAGAGAAAUGGGAAUACAAAAUCUCAUUUGUAUUAAUUAAAGGAGAUGAGACGAUAUGGAAAAUGAGACUCGAUAACAAGUGUACCAGUUUUAUUAUCAUGUGAGAAUGUUUUCUAAAGGCUCUGGCUCAGUCCCAAUUAGUUACUAAGAUGCGUGUAAUUAUCGAUUAUUCGGAGUAAUUAAUACGGUUAAUUACUGGAUAAAUACGUAAAACGAAAUUCAUUGGCCUGAUGCUGUUAUCGCAGUGGAGGUGUAUUUAGAUAUGAUGUUGAUAGUUUAUUAUUGUAAUUCGGGUAAUUACUGAGUAAUUGAAUUGUUUAUUGAUAAAUUCGGUAGGAAAUGGGGAAGGGCGAAGAUUCCGGAAAAGAAUCCAUUCGUGUUAUUUUGUUAAUAUUUCUGAGAGCAGUGAAUUCACAGAAAUAUUUCAUAAAAAAUUUUUAUUAAAAUCUUUUCAAAUUUUUAUUUUAUUGUAAAAGUCUUGAUUCACCUAAAGGAAUUCUUCGAUUCUAAAUUCCGAAGUUUUUUAAACUGAGACGCAGACUAAAGCAUUAAAAAAAGCGUAAUUUUCAUAAGAAUUAAGCUCUGAUAUUCUCUCAAAAUUCUAUGGUUCUAUAAAUAUUAAUAAAAUACUGAGAAUGGAAUAUCCGUUGUAAUUUUUUAAAUCAUUCCAUUACAGGAUUCAUUGUGAUAAUAACAUUGAUUCAUUCCGAAUUGGUCAUAUUUAUUGGUGAGACGAUUAGAGCAAUUAUGACAAUGAGUUCAGGCAGGUGCUCUAAUUUUAAUGGAAGAAGUAAAAUUCGUGCCUAUUAUUGUCCGCAAUGUGCAGAAAUUAAUUCCAUGAAUUUAAUUGAGUUAUGAAUGAAAACUGUUAUUUUGUUUCAUACUGGGUUCAGUAGUUUAUUCUUGGACAAUGGUUCAGAUUGUCUCAACGGCUUAAUAACAGUAAUUACGAAUGACACUAGAGAUGAAGUAUUGCUAAUGAUGAUAUUAGGAAAAUCAAGCUUACAUUUAGGGAAUAGAGUUUAAAUCCGUGUUUCGAGAGAGUGUUAUGCUGAUCUGGUCAACAAUUGCGGAAUUCUACUUCGAUUUUGGAGUCAUUACUGAGGAAUUAAAUUACGUGAUUCAGCAAAAUAUUGAAGUAUUUAAUUCAAUUGCAAUAAAGAGAAUCAUUUACCAAUAGAUUUGCAAAAUAUUACGGCAAAAUAUCCUCGGCAAAAGAAGAUUCGUACAAUUUUAAAAAUUUUCUCGCUGGUGCAUUCAAGUCUUACCUAUUCCUAUCCUUCUCUACUUACACGAUUUCGUUAAUACGAGGUCUGAGGAGGAACUAUUGCUAUGGGGUAGUUCAAAAACGAAAAACUCAAUGCUUUUCGAAAAACACUGACAAUGUUCUCUAAUUCUUAUAGAAAAUUUCACAAUUUUGUCAUGUGAUUAUAAAACAAAUAUUUGUAACACAAAUGAUUUUAUCUCAGAAAAGUUUCUUUAGAGAAACAUAAAUUCCUCUGAUCGUUCUACUUUCCGAAAUAAUUAGCAAUAUUUUGUACCUAAUAUUGAAAUAAAUCUCUGGCUGAAUAAACCAAUUAAAUUCCUCAGUGAAAAGCUACCAUCUUAGUCUUCUUCACCUCUAAAGAAAUUCAUUUGCAUUUUUUAUAAUAAACCAUUGGAGCCUCGGUCAUCCACAUCGAUCGACACCACUCAUCCAAGAAAGUAAACUUACGAGAAUAAUUAAAAGGUUUAAUAAACGACUAAUGAAAUAAUUAACCGCAUUCUACUAAGGAUUACAUAUAUUUUGCAUCGUGUAUUAUCUCAAUGCGAAGUGAGAAACCCUGCCUUUCCGUCACUCAAUUAUAAGUACUGUAAUAAUAAAAAAUUGAAUAAUUUCGAAAUAUAAUGAAUGAUAAGGCGAAUUGUCUCAGCUGAAGUAUUCAAGUCGUACUAUUGAAUAUUACUACGUAUAAUGCGAUUAAAUAAAAUUAAUUUGUCGUUUUAA